AUGGAUUCAACUAGAUUUGGAUAUAUUUAUGAUAAUUCUGACGCCGUUAGUUAAACAUAAUCAUGGAGUACAGAUGAUGCCAGUGGCAGAAGUUCAGUCUAAGAUUUGACAGAGGAAAUCAAUAAUAAUCUGGAAAACAGAAUUUGCCAAUAUUUGAGCGAUUUGUGCAUUGAAACAUUCACAAGCCCCACUCUUAAGGAGGAUAACUAUAAUCAUUUCCUAAAAUAAAGGAUCUUUAAAAGUUUUGACGCUUUCGUGCCAAACAAAGAAAAUAGUAUACUUUUGAAGAAAAGAAAGCAACACAUCAAAUUAGGAGAAUGA